AUGGACUGCGAAAAUUAUUCAGAAUCUUCCGAUGAUCGAUUUAUAAAUCAACAGGAACACAGAAACGUUAGUCGAUUAUGGGAAAAAACAAUUAAUAAAUUUUCCUCGACAAAAUUUGUUUUAGAUGAAAAUGGAAAUAAUGCAAUUGACAUCUGUACAAAAGGAAAUAAUUUAAAUGUAAAUACGGAUUAUCAAGGCAAUUGUCCUGGGGUUUGCGAUGAACAAUUAACAUCUGAUUUUGUACAAAAAAAGCUUGCCAGAGGCAAAUCUUUUGCUAAAAAAAAAUCUCCUUUGCAAAAAUUUGAUGAAGUAGUUUCAAGAGAAUUAUUGGUGAGUUUUAACAUUGGAAUGCCAGCUUUUGAAAGUACGAAAAAAUGGUCUUCAUUACAAUUUCCAAAAACUACUUUCGCGGAUAUUAGUAGGGGUAAAAUACCAGUUAACACAAAAUUUAGCAAAAGCACAAUUGACAACGUAGAAAAAGAUAUAAAAGACGAUGAAAAAUUUGAAGUAGAAAAUUCUUGUUUAAUGGAAGCCAUUGAAAAACUAGCUCAGGUUAACACGCAUGACAAAAAAAUAAAAAUAUUUGAUGCAGCCGUUAAAGCGGCGGAAGCUGCAAUUGCAUCCGUACCUCCGGAAAAAGCUGAAGAAGUUGCUGUUGCCUUUGCCAAAGAUUAUCAAUCGGAAAUAGUUGAUGUUAUAAAUGAAAAAAUUCCAAUGUCGGAAGAAAAAAAACCAAUUGAAGUUAUUGGAUACAUAGGUGUUACAAAAAUGAAAGAUUGCAACAAAUGA